AUGGAUUUGGUAGAUGAUUUAGUUGGACUGGAGGAGCAGAGUGAUUAUAAUGAUUCUUUAUCUAUGUCUUUUGGCAGUAUCCAAUCUGACAGUGUUGGCUUUGCAUUAAAUUCUAAAUGUGAAAGGCCACCAAAAUAUUUUAAAUGUGUUGGAGAAAACAGAUCAAUUGAGGAAAUCCAUGAAAAUUUGGUAGUAUCUUCUCCUACUGGAUCUGGCAAAACCGUUAUUUUUGAAUUAGCAAUAGUUCAAUAUUUGCUGCAUUUAGAAGACAUAGCGUACAAUGGAGAUUUUAAAAUGUUAUACUUGGCUCCCAUGAAAGCCUUAUGCACUGAACGUCUUCGGGACUGGUAUUUCAAAUUUUCUCGUUUAGGAUUAUCUCUUAUUGAGGUUACAGGAGACAAUGAAAAUUUUGAAUUUAGCCAUUUGGCUGGUUUUCAUAUAAUAAUCUCAACUCCAGAAAAAUGGGAUUCAAUAACAAGACGAUGGAAAAAUAACACUGAUAUUGUGAAAGUUAUCAAGUUGGUCCUUAUUGAUGAGGUUCAGUUGCUAAAUGAAGAAAAACGUGGAGCUACAUUGGAGGCAGUUGUGAGUAGAAUGAAAACUAUUCGAGAGCUCAUGCAGCAGCAAAACACUCUAGAACGAAUUAAAGCUUCAAAUGAUAAACAUAGAGUUCCUCUAAAUGACAAUGAAGUUCAACAAGAUAUGCGUUUUGUUGCUAUUUCUGCAACUAUGCCUAAUGUUGAAGAUAUAGCUAUGUGGCUUGGUGAUAAAGGAAAGCCUGCAAAAUUUUACAAAUUAGACGAGACUAUGAGACCUGUAAAAUUAAAUCGUAUCGUAAUUGGGUAUCACUGUUCUAAUGAGAAAAGUUCAUUCAAAUUUGAGAUAACAUUAAGCUAUAGAUUGAUGCCAAUUAUUGGAAAGUAUUCUGCUGGGAAACCAACUUUGAUUUUUGUAAGCACUAGAAAUGGAGCUAAACUGACUGCGUCAGCCUUACAAAAAUUGAUGACCGUGAAAUUUACAAAUGAGCAAUUACAAAUUAUAAUGCAAACAGGUUCCAAAAUUCUCGACAAUAACCUGCGUCAAAUACUACCAUCUGGUGUUGCAUAUCACCACGCUGGAAUGGCAAUUCAAGACAGAAAGGCCAUUGAAGAACUGUUUAGAAAUGGAGAUCUCCCAAUAUUAGUUGCUACAAAUUCAUUAGCAAUGGGAGUGAAUUUGCCAGCUCAUUUGGUUAUUGUUAAAGGUACGACGCAGUAUAGUGGUGCUGGAGUGCGUAGACCAUAUUCCUCGAGCACUGUUUUGCAAAUGAUUGGCAGGGCUGGUAGACCACAGUUCGACACUACUGCUACAGCCGUCAUCAUGACAAGCCAACAACAAUUGUCUAAUGUUGACAAACACAUUUCGUUGAUCAGUGGCACGGAGUUGAUAGAAUCUUCACUUCAUAGACACCUGGGAGAACACCUGAAUGCUGAAGUUGUGUUGGGAACUAUCACAGAUUUAGCGGUGGCACUGCAAUGGAUUCGAACUACAUUCUUGUACGUGAGAGCCGUCAAAAAUCCAACUCACUAUGGGUUACAGUUUGGUCUCAAACGUGAUCAAGUUGAGAAAAAAUUGGAGGCAUUGUGUCACAUCGAAAUGAAUGCACUGGCCAAGCACCAUUUACUAAACUUCGAUACGGAUUUUGGAUUGAAUGUAUUUCCCACGGAAAAGGGAGAACUUAUGGCAAAAUAUUACUUAAAAUUUGAAUCGAUGAAAGGUUUUGAUCAGUUAAAUCCUUCUGCAACCAUGGAAGAAAUUUUGACACGUAUUUCAAGGUGUCGCGAAUUUGAUCAAAUUUCAUUAAGAAUGGGAGACAGAACUGUAUUAAAUGCUCUUAACAGACCUCGAAAUUGUAAUACAGGAAUACGUUUUCCAGUUCCUGGCUUGAUACAGACAGUUGAGAAAAAAAUUAAUUGCUUACUUCAGGCCAGCUUAGGAAUGCAAUUAAUAUCAAAUUCGGCGUUGUAUCAAGAAGCAAUUGUAAUCCGAAAGACUGCUGAGCGAAUCACUAAUUGUUUGACCGACUUUUUACUACUAUCAGUAGCGGAAGUUCCAUGUUUACCAGCUUUACACGCGUGUUUGGUACUAACGAAAUGCCUAAACACUGGAUUAUGGGAAAAUAGCAAACACGUCUCGCGCCAAUUGCCCGGUAUCGGACCUGCCUUGGCCAACCUUUUGGUGAUUGCCAAAAAAGAUAGUUUUCAAGCCAUAGCUGAUACAAAUCCAAGGGAUAUCGAAAGGAUAAUUCAUAAAGUGCCUCCUGUCGGUGAUGAUAUUCUUGAAAGAGUUGCGCAGCUCCCUCAGUUCAGUUUAACAAUGGAAUUAUUUGGCGAUUCUAUUGAGGUUUUGGUACGUGUGAAAAACAAUAAUACAUUCAUAGAAUCUGUGGAUGCUUCGAUUCUAGUCGGUGAUUCAUUUAACAAUGUACUUUUAUAUGAGGCUAAAAUUGAUAGACAUAUUGCGCCAGGUUUUAAAUGGUCCCAAAUAGUUUCCUUGAAAUCAUUACAAGACUGUAUUAUCACUGCCAGAAUCAUCAGUAAAACUUGGGUUGGUUUGGAUGUAGAAUCGACGUUGAAUAUAAGUAAUCUUUCCUUCAGCGAAUCAGGAAUUCAAAAUGAACUUGUGCAAGAAGAAAAACAAUAUAACUUUGAUUAUCACCAAGAUGUUAAAAAUAUUGAAAACUAUCCAAAUUAUGAUCAGACAACUCAGCAAUUCAAUAACCAAACUAAUGUUCAGCAUACAUCAGACUCACAAAAAUGGUGUAUUAGAAACAAUGAUUAUAAUAAUAAAAACGUUGAAAGUGAUUUAAUAAAACCACCAGACAGUAGUGAAAUCAAUGCUGAGGCUAGUGAUUGGGCAAAUGAUAUAGAUGCAGGCAAUGAUAUGAACUAUCAUGUUAUUGAAUUGCUUGAAUCGAAUGAUAUUCUUGAAAACUUCAAAAAUGCAUCUGCUGAUGACGAAUUAUUUACAAAGCUGCAGGAAACAGAAAAUUAUAAUCUGGACCAAGGAAAACUCAAGGAUAAUAAAAGUAAUGAAAACACGAAAAGAACAUGUGACCAAUUCGAUAAUAAAUUGAAUAAAAUAAUUCAAGAUUGGACAAAUGAAAAUUCUAAUAACAAUACCACGAUUAAUCGUGAGAGAGAUAGCUCUGACCAAAAACGUAUUGAAUUUGAAAAUAUUAACAGUGUAGAUAACAAUAAACAGAAGUCACUUAAACAUACUGAUAUUAAUUAUAGACCAGAAUGCGAACGUCAAGUUGUGAAUAAUUCAAAUAUUUCUUUGCUGCAAAAUAACUACAACCUAAAUUAUGUUCAACAGCAAAAUAAAAGAAUAGAAUUUAAAGAAAAUGCAUAUCGUUGUAUUGAAUCAAAUGAUUUAAAUUCAAAUUUAUUAUUGAAUAAAAAGUUGUCCGAUUUGCCACAGCAGCAUACCCAAAAUCUCCAAAAUAGUUCUUUGGUAGAUGUCCACAACAGCAAUUAUAUUAAAUUUGAAAAAAAUAAUAAUAUCCAAGAAAUUAGAAAGGAACCACGUGAUCCAAUGAAUAAUUUAAACGAAAACGCUUUAAAUUCAAUGAAUUCUAUUGCAAAAAUUUCAGAUUUGACGAUGCCCAAUAUAAAUCAUACAGAAAAUAUUUCUUUUGUAUUAAUAACAGCAAACAGAAUGUUCCUAAAUUUGUAA